AUGGUCCUACCCGCAAUUCGGGUCGCUCCGACAGCGGCGACGAGAGCAUUCAAUCUGCUCCGCACCGUCCAAUAUACCCACCCUCCCAGCUGUCCCUGCCAUUCGAACCCUGCACAUCACCACCAUCAUCAGCCGUCCGCGUCCUCCAUAACGAGAUAUGCGCGGCACAUGGCAACCCCGAUUGACCCAUCCCAGCAGAAAGAAUAUGCGUUCGAAAUGGCAGCGUCCAGCAUCCGCUUUGGGCCCGGCGCAACCAAGGAAGUGGGCAUGGAUUUUACGAACUUGGGCGUAAAGAAGGUGAUGGUGGUCACGGAUCGAAAUGUGGCAAAGCUGGAUGCGAUGAAGAAUGCGAUUGAGGGGCUGAGCAAGGAGGGGAUCCAAUUCACAGUUUAUGAUAAAGUGAGAGUAGAGCCGAAGGAUUAUUCAGUGAAGGAUGCCAUUGCUUUCGCUAAACCAUACAACGCCGAUGCGUUCCUGGCUGUGGGCGGUGGAUCUGUCAUCGACACCUGCAAGCUUAUGAAUUUGUACUGCGUAUACCCCGAAGCAGACUUUCUUGACUUUGUAAAUGCUCCCCUCGGCAAAGGUCUUCCAAUCGCUAGAACGCUGAAACCGCUCAUCGCUAUUCCAACAACCGCCGGAACGGGAGCUGAAACUACCGGAACCGCAAUUUUCGACCUUGUGGAUAAGAAAGCAAAGACGGGCGUUGCGCACCGAAAUAUGAAGCCAACUCUGGGUAUCUGCGACCCUCUGAAUACGAGAACGAUGCCAUCAGCUGUGCAUGCUGCUUCAGGCCUCGAUGUCCUCUGCCAUUCUCUUGAAUCGUGGACGGCAAUUCCAUUCAAUGAACGCACUCCUCGACCAACUAACCCCAUUAACCGGCCAGCCUACCAAGGGGCCAACCCAAUUUCGGAUAUUUUCUCACUCCAGUCCUUGAAGAGUACGGUCAAAUAUCUCCCACGUGCUGUCAAAGACCCAGAGGACCACGAAGCUCAGAGCCAGAUGCUUCUCGCCGCGACUUUAGCUGGAGUCGGCUUUGGAAAUGCUGGUGUACAUCUGUGCCACGGAAUGAGUUAUCCUAUAUCAGGACAGAAUCCUGGAUAUAAACACAAGGGAUAUGAAGUGGACCACGACAUCAUUCCGCACGGCGUGUCUGUGGCCGUUUCUGCUCCAGCUGUUUUCCGGUUCACAGCUGCAAGUAACCCCGAUCGCCACCUGGCCGCGGCGGAAAUAUUCGGCAAAGAUAUCUCAAACGUGAAGCGCGAAAGCGCUGGAGAGGUUCUUGGUGAAGCGAUUGCAGAGUUUUUGAUCAAGUUGGGCGAUCAACCACGGGGACUCAAGGAUUUGGGGUUCAAUAAAUCCCAUAUUGACAUGUUAGUUGAGGGGACGAUACCUCAGAAGCGAGUGCUGGACCUUGCGCCAACUUUGAGCAAGGAACUCGAAACUGAAAAGGAGGAAUUGCGAAAACUGUUUGAGGCAUCGAUGGAGUACUAG